UGGAAGGCGCGCGUUGUGCUUCUUGCACUGUUUGCCGUGGUCGCCUUCAGCAUGGAGGAAAUUUAUGCCAAGUUUGUGUCUCAGAAAAUCAGCAAAACCCGCUGGCGACCAGUGCCCCCGGGAAGCCUGCAGACCGCAGAGACCUUCGCUACCGGUUCUUGGGACAAUGAGGAAAAUUAUGUUUCAUUGUGGUCUAUUGGAGAUUUUGGAAAUUUGGACUCUGAUGGAGGAUUUGAAGGAGACCAUCAAUUAUUGUGUGAUAUCAAACACCAUGGUGAUGUCAUGGAUUUACAGUUUUUUGACCAGGAAAGAAUUGUAGCUGCUUCAUCAACAGGAUGUGUAACAGUUUUUCUCCAUCAUCCAAAUAACCAGACUCUGUCAGUCAACCAGCAGUGGACAGCAGCCCACUACCACACGGGGCCUGGCAGUCCUUCUUAUAGCAGUGCCCCAUGUACAGGCAUUGUGUGUGACAACCCAGAAAUUGUCACAGUUGGAGAGGAUGGUCGAAUAAAUCUCUUCAGGGUUGAUCACAAGGAAGCUGUAAGAACAAUAGACAAUGCAGAUAGCAGUACACUCCAUGCUGUAACCUUCCUUCGAACUCCUGAGAUACUUACAGUUAAUUCAAUUGGACAGUUAAAAAUAUGGGACUUCAGACAACAAGGAAAUGAACCUUCUCAGAUAUUAUCAUUGACUGGUGAUCGAGUGCCACUUCACUGUGUUGACAGACAUCCCAACCAGCAGCAUGUUGUAGCUACUGGUGGCCAGGAUGGAAUGCUGAGUAUUUGGGAUGUUAGACAAGGUACUAUGCCUGUAUCUCUGCUGAAGGCUCAUGAGGCUGAAAUGUGGGAAGUUCAUUUUCACCCAUCCAAUCCAGAUCAUCUAUUUACUUGUUCUGAAGAUGGAUCCUUAUGGCACUGGGAUGCCUCCACAGAUGUGCCUGAAAAGUCCUCACUCUUUCACCAAGGAGGAAGAACCGGUACUUUUUUGACUCAUAGCAUUAGUAACCAGGCUAACGUUCACCAAUCUCUUAUAAGUUCCUGGCUCAGCACUGAUCCUGCGAAAGACCGUAUUGAAAUCACAAGCUUGCUUCCCAGCAGGACUCUGUCUGUGAACAGUUUGGAUGUUUUAGGUCCUUGUCUUGUUUGUGGAACUGAUGCAGAAGCAAUAUAUGUUACCAGACAACUGUUUUCAUGAAAAUACUGGGAUUAUAAUAUUUCAAGUUAAAUAUAUAGUUAGCCCUUUGAAUUACAACUUCUGUGCAAAACUUUAUUAUUGAAAAAUGUGAUAUUUACAGGGGUCGUAUCAGUAAACUAUUGUUAAUAUCAAUGCCCAAUUUGGGCAUUUGUUACUUGGGUAUUCCUACAACAGUUACAGAAUCUGAUAGAUUGCUGAUGGCAUAAGAUUUUGAACAUGUGGAAGAACAUCAGAGGGAUCCUUGUACUGAUAAAUAACAUUGCUUUCAAACAGAAUAUUAUUGACAAUUCCUGGAAGCAACUGUUCAUUUUUAGUGAUGUAGGAUUUAACAUUAAACCACCAAUGAGUUCCUAUAAUUUUUAUUCCUAUAACAUUUUCUUAUUAAUUUUCAUAAGUUUUUCAGGAAAAAGUGAGUAGAGCAAAACAACAAAUUUAUAGUUGUGUUCAAAUAUUUUUAUUAUUAUUUUCUGUGGAUCAGUGGAUGUUGCUGGGGACUGAACCCAGGGAUUGUGCAUGCUGGGCACUCUACCAUUGAGCUGUACCUGUAGCCCCAUAAAUUUUUUUAAAAAAUGAAAAUAUACAUGUUAUCUUUGUAGAUGCACAUUUUCUGGCAGUAAGCACAUUAUCAUCAUUUUGAACUACUAAAUAUUCUAAAGUAUAAAUGUAUAAUAGUAUAUUUUACUUAAUGGCAUAUUACAUUCCAUGUUCACACCUUUCACUGUUUAUGAUUAUACUAUAUUUAAUUUAUAUUUCUUGUUUGUAUUCUUAGCCAUUUUUAUUUUUGGAGGCAAUUUAGCAUCUUAUUAAUUUUUAACCUUUUAUAUAUGAAGAAUAUUUUGCCUGUGGUCCUAUGAUACAGGCAGCUUUUAAUUUAGCUUUGGCUUUAUUCAUGGGGCUUUUUAUAGAAUUAGGCAUUUUGUAUAUGGUCAAUUCAAUUGAUUUCUUUACACUUUAUGCCCUUUGCAUCAUGCUAUCCCUAUCCUAAGUUUAUAUAAAUGUUUACCUAUCUUUCCCUCUAUUUUGAGGUUUCAUGUUUUAUGUGUAAUUAUCACAUUUUGAAUUUAUUUAGUGACGCCUGUAAUCCCAGCUACCAGAAACUGAGGUAGUAGGGUACCAAGUUUGAGGCCAGCCUGUGUAACUUAGCAAGAAUGUCUCAAAAUAAAAAAUAAACUGGGAAUGUAGCUCAGUGGAAAAACAUCCAUGUUGAAUGUACCACACUCACAUACAUCUGAAAAAGAAUUGGUUGGAGGGCGGUCUUAAGGAUUGAACCUAGGGCUUUAUGCACACUAAGGACAGUAAAUUCCCCAUCUAGCUCCCUGAAAAUUUUUUUUAUACAUUUUAAGCAUAAAAAUAAAAUCAUUUAAUGAGCCCAGGUUUAUCAGGAAACACACCCAAUUUUCGUUUCUGAUGUCAUUCACUCCCCACCACCCCACCUCUGCUCUGGAUCAUUUUAUUUUAAUUUUGGGGGGGGGGGAAGUACCAAGGAUUGAACUCAGGGGUGCCUUGCUGUUGCUGAGGCUGGCUUUGAACUUGGAUCUUCCUGUCUUAGCCCUCCAGUGCAUGCUGGGAUUACAGGCAUGUACUGCUGCAUCCAGCUUGACCAUUUUAAAGCAAAUUCCUGAUAAUGUGUUAUUGAUCAUUUACUGUAUGUGUCCUAAGAACAAAAACCCUCCUUUUUUUUUAAAGCACAACACCAUUAUCAUUCCUCUAAUAAAUUAUUCUUUAAUACUGUUAAAUAUUUAAGCAGUGUUUUAAAUUUCCCAGAUUGUCUUAUGAACAUUUUUAUAGUUGAUUUAUCAACAGAUAAAGGCUAGACUAUUACAUGUCUCAAAUUACUUUAAAUUCACACCCCUUAUUUUUUAUUUUUCUUUGUUACUUUUUGUAUGUAUCUACCUCAGCCUCCUAAGUAACUGCGAUUAUGGAUGCAUACCACCAUGCCCGCCAAGUUCUGCCAAUUAGUAAGAAACAUAAGCUUUAUUUAGUAUAAUGUGGUAAUGUACCAAUUUAUUUAUGGAAUUAAUCACAUUUUCUUUUGAAGGCUACAGGAUAUCAGAUGAAAGGUACCUUGGAGGCCAUUUCCAAUCUAAAUGUGCUCAUCCCUCUGCAGCAAGUGCAACAAAUUAUUGUCCAGUUUAUACUUAAAAACAUAUCCCAAGAUGAGCAUAGUAGCUUAUGCUUGUAAUUCCCAGCCAUUGGGAAGUUGUGGCAGGAAAAAUUGCAAGUUGGAGACCAGCCUCAGCAAUUUAAGAGACUGUCUGAAAAUAAAAAAAUUUUAAAAGCUGGGGAUUAGCUUAGUGGUAAAAUCCCUACAGUGCACGCUGGGAUUACAGGCAUCUUUUUUUGCCCAGUACAAAAAGUUUCCCAUUUCACUGUGCAGCUUCUCAUUUGGACAGCUCUAAUUGAUGCAGCAUUGUGACAGAGUUUCAGUUUAUGGGUAAGAUCCAAAACAAUCCUGUAAAAUGGUAGAAUGGUUGUGGGUUAAUGAUAUUAUGAUUCUGUUAUGAAACAAGCCAACUGCCAAUUUUGUUAUAUUUGAAUUUUCAUUAUGUUGGGAUGCCUCAAUGUGGAUUUUCACUAAAUAAAAUGAGUUUUUAUAUUCUGAA